AUGAAGGGCUGGGGCCAGGUGUACCGGCCAUAUGGAGGAUACGGUGGCAAGGGAAGCAGGAUGCCUGUCAUGCAUGGCCCCGUAGAGAACAGAGUCUAUGUCAGCAAUCUUCCGUGGCGUGUGGCAUGGCAAGAACUGAAGGACCAUAUGAAAUCUGUCGGAGAGGUGGUGUACGCAGACAUCUUCACAGAGGAAACCGGCCGAUCCCGUGGAUGCGGUUUGGUGGCCUUCCGCCGUGCGGAGGACGCACAGCGGGCUGUCCUGGAACUCAACGACUCCGAACUUUCCGGAAGGCGAAUUGCCGUGCGGGAGGAUCGGGUAGACCAGAGCACGCGCGAGCGAAAGGACUGUAGGGUCUACGUCGGCAACCUUGCCUGGAUCGCAACAUGGAAGGACCUGAAGGACCACUUCAGAUCUGUUGGCGAGGUGAAGCGAGCGGACAUCUUGAGCGAAGGCAACCUCGAGGGCGCUCGAUCAAAAGGUGCCGGCAUCGUGGAAUUCAGCACAACGGAGGAGGCCGCAAGAUCUUUGUGCGUGCGGACAGAGAGUGCGGUCCUCGAUCCGACUGCUCUGACGCCGACAGAGCAUGUGAACUGA